AACUGAUAGUUCAUUUAAGUUUUGUGCACUUAAGUUGAUAUUUAAAGUUGUUAAUACUUGUUACUAGAUGUACGAAUAUAUAAAGUAGUUGCCUGUGAAAAUCCAGAUAUAUAUAAAUAUUUAUGAGAGGUUGAAUUUCUUGGUUAUGUUAAUAAAUUUAAAAUGUUUUCAAACAAUCGGAAAUGUGAAAAGGAUAUCAACGUAUUAUUAGAUGAACCUCUAACAAGUAAUUCAUGUACGAAGCUUAUUACAGAGCUUUUAAAAUAUGUAUUAUAUCAAAAACAACAAAUACCAUUCACAUAUGAUUCCUUGGUGCACUUACAAGGAAAAAAUAAAAAAAUGGACAGAAAUUUAUCAUUCAUCAAAACUUUAUCUAAUUCUUUAACUAAUGUGACCGAUAAUUUGUCUUCUGAACUACUUCUUAAGAGUAUUAAAGUUAAGGAAGUUAUAAUCAUUAUCGGACCAACAAUAUUAUCACCAAAGUUGCAAAUUACAUUAGAAUUACCACCAAUAAUACUUGAUAGUUUGCAUCAUUUACAAUGUGAACAUUCUUCACAGAAACCUCUUCUGAAUCUGAUGAGAUCGAUGCUAGAAUGUACAGAAUUUCAAGAUUCUUUGACUUUGCCUUUGGGACCUACGAACACCUUCGUUAUGUUACAGAAAAGCGAUAGCAAUAGUAUAUCUAAUUUCUUUUUACCUAAACCACAUUAUAUACCCUCGAUACAAACAUCGCAGAGUUUUAGAAUCAAGUUGCUAAAUAGUAAUAAAUUUAAUAUAAAUUGUAAUUGUACAAAUUUAGUUCAAGUAUAUCGUGAACUAGAUAAAUCUUAUGAAGAUGAUCCUAUAAUUCAAUGUGAGGAACAGUCAAAUGAACAGACUGUACAAGCACCGUUUAGAUGGUAUCAAUCUAGAGAAAUAAUUAAAGGAUUCAAAUAUGUUAGAUAACUUUUAAUUAUAAUAGGAAUGAAAAGUACAUCUUUAUAGAUUAGUUUUAUAUUUUUUAUCAUGUCGAUUUUAUAUUCCUCUUCUCGCUCAUAUCAAUCAGAUAAAAUAUAUUUCAUCUAAUUAAUUUUAUUUUCAUCUCUUUGAUCAUUUCUUAUAGGAAAACAUUUUACAUUUUACAUUAUAAAAAAUCUCAUUGAUCAAUUUUAAACAAUAUUUUCAUAAAUAUUUAUUUUUUAUUCUCCAUUUUAUUUGUCAGCAAGCUAACAUAUUAAAUAAUAUUACAUAUAUAUUGACUACUGUUUUUGUAUUAGUAUUCAGUAUUAUAAAAAAAAGUUUUAUAUAAAAUAAUAGUAAAGUAAAAAAUAUAAAAGUAAAUUUUUUGAUGUAUAAAUUUAUAUUUACUGUUUAUAAAAAUAAUAUUUUAUAAAUGUAGUUAGACCAUUUUAUAUGUUUAAAAGAAUCCUCACGUCUUACAUUCUUUAUGAGAUUUAUAAUAUUUUCCCGAAAAUAUCAAUAAACACGCUUAAACACUAAAAC